AUGAGCGCCGGCUUGUUCGUAACUGGUUCUCCCAUGGCCGGCCCGUCGGGCGGCGCGUCGUACUUCCCCGCGUCCUGGUCCACCGGCACCUUCAAAGGCCCCCCUGCCGCCACACUCUCCGCCACGUCAUCCAUAGGGACCGUGCCGCCGAAAUCGGGCUCGCAUCCGUCGUUUGCUCCGUGGCGAAGACGGAGCGAGAGUGUGGGAAAUAUGGACCUGAUCGCGACCCCCAGCUCUAUCUUCCUGCCUCGCAGCACCAGCGAUUGUUUCGACGUCGCGAACGUGUCGCAGCUGGGUAGGUCGGGAAUGUCAGCCGUCGCAGCAGCCGUCGCAGCAGUGGACGGCUACGGCCCGAUCGAUCAGCGGUACGGGCCUAGUGUCGCCAAUGUACCUCGCAGCCGCGACGGCAGCGGCAGGCGAUUAGCCUCGACGGAGUUACCGCAGCGUCCGGUGAGCGCAUCCGCGGAAUUUUCGGGGUCGGCAUCGAGAUUGUCGCGGGGUUCGCCACCUCAAGUCCAGCGGCCGGUCUCUCCGCCGGCUUUCACUCCCCCCAUUCCCGUCGCGGAGCCCGUCUCUCCCGAUUCAGCAGAACCCGAUAUUAGCUUUCAGGCUCCGUACGCUGACGUGGCCGUGGCGCCUGCCGUGGUUGGCGCUGUCGGCGUGCAACGGCUAUCGCUGCAGGUGAACCGACUAGAGGUCCACACGGACGGUGUCGGCAGCCGAGAUGGCAGUCCACGUGGCAGUCCACGUGGCAGCUAUGGAAGCCCGGCUAGUAGCUGCGGCGCCAGUCCACGUACCGGCUGGUCAGGCAGUCCGCGUGGCAGCUUCUUCGGCAGUCCACGUGGCGACAGCCACGGUGGCACGCAGCUGAACAGCGGGCAGAGCAGCAGGGAAACCAGCCCCAAAGAUCUUCAGGAGAUUAACUCCUUCGAGACAAACCACUUCCCGGCGGCGAGAGUAGGCAGCCGCGCGGGAAGCCACGCGAGCAGCGCCGCGCACAGCUUGUCGGGGAGUGUCACGAGCAGCCCGAGGGGCGUCAGCUGCGGCUACAGUGCCCCCUGGGAGCUACCUGGCGCCGGCGAUAUCAUCCGCUCCCCCGUCGCGCCGCCCACAACGCAGGCGGCGCGCAGCAGCGGGCAGCCAACCAUUCAAGAGCUUCUAGACGCGCUUAAAGCCAUCAGCCCGGACGCCGCGCUCGAAAGCGCCGCCGCUGCCGUCGCCGCGGCGACUGCUGCGGCCGUCGCGUCGAUGCCGCCCGGCAUGUCCAUUCCCCUCCCAACCAUUUCCCCGUCCGUGUUAUUAGCUCCUAUCGCGGUUCCAAUAGCGGGAGAAGGCGAGGCGUUGGGGCACAGGCUGAGCGGCGGGUUGGACAGCGCGAGCCGCCCGGGUUCGCCACUAGCGCCGGUGCCGGAGGUGCCGCACGAGGAGGAGCGGGGGGGUGGGGGGAUCCCCGCGGUUUUCCGCGCGUGCGGUUUUUCCGCCUUCGUUCUCGUUAAACCACUACCUGCAAGACGACGACGACGGGGAACCGCUGGAGGAGGGGGAGGGGCAGGGGGAGGAUGGGGCAACGGCAUGGGCGUGGGCGGAGACGGGCAGGGGGACGCGCCCUGGGCCGACCACGAAUACGACAGGCGCAGAGCCGCUCAUACCACUGCUGCUGCUGCCGCCGCUGCUGCUGCUGCUGCUAGUGCUGCUGCUGCUGCUGCUGCUGAUGAUGAUGAUGAUGAUGAUGAUGAUGAUGAUGAUGAUGAUGAUGAUGAUGAUGAUGAUGAUGAUGAUGAUGAUGAUGAUGAUGAUGAUGAUGAUGAUGAUGAUGAUGAUGAUGAUGAUGAUGAUGAUGAUGAUGAUGAUGAUGAUGAUGAUGAUGAUGAUGAUGAUGAUGAUGAUGAUGAUGAUGAUGAUGAUGAUGAUGAUGAUGAUGAUGAUGAUGAUGAUGAUGAUGAUGAUGAUGAUGAUGAUAUGAUGCUGGCGGGGAGGUUGGGGGCGGAGGGGGCGAAGCAGAGGGGGAGGAGGGGGGGAUUGAGGAGGCAAAUGGCGCGGGCGCGGAGGGCGCGAGUGCAAGGGGAGGGGGAGGCGGAGCAGAGGCGCGCGGGCGGGAGGAGCGGGCGCGGGGAGAGCUGGGCGGAGGUGGAUUGGCUGGGGCUGGAGUUUGGCGCGUGGCGGGGGGAGGACCUGGGCGGAUUCACGUGGGAGGAAGCGGAGGCUGUGUGGGUGGUGGAGAGGGCGGGGGGGAAGACGACAGGGGGAGGGGGGAGUGGCGGGGAACAGGUGAAGGGGGAAGGGGUGAUUGUGGGGCGGCAGGCGAGGGGUAAUACGGGAAGCAAUGAGGGGCGGGAGAAGCCUGCUGCCGCCGCUGCUGCGGUACCAUCACCGCCCCCGCCGCUCCCACCGUCCGCGCCACCGCCGCCUGCUGCUGCUGCUGCUGCACCCGUGUGGGCUUCUCCCGGGGACUGUGUGGCCCACAUGGACGCGUUCCUCAGAAACUUCCUGGAUCUUUCAGCCACGCCUUUCCUCUCGCUCGCACUACCCGCUGCCACCAUCGUGAGCUGUAACGAUGCCACGUGUCGCACACUGGGAUGGCCACGUCAGCAGCUGCUCUCCCGCAAGCUGGCCUCUCUACUCGUUCAGAAUCAACCACAGCAGCAAGAGCAAGCCCGUGAGGGCGAGCAACGGCAGGAGGAGGUGAUGCAGAGUGAGGGUGGGGAGCAGGAAGCGGACAUGGGACACAGGGAUAGGCCGGGGGUGCGGCAGCAGGCAAACUCUUCCUUGGAUUCCUGGUUGGCUGCUAUUAUGCGCACUGGGGUUGGGGAGGGCCCCCUUACAGUCACUCUCACCCGACCCAACGGCUUGCCUGCUGUGUGCGCCAGUCUCUUUGCUGCCACCCUGCACCCCUGCUCUCCGCCCUCCCACCCCUCUCAACCAUUCCACUCUGCGGGAGCAGGCAGCGAUGGUGGUGGCGGUGCAGCAGCAGCAGCAGGGGAGGCCAGGGUGGCCAUCAUGCUGCAGGUGCUGCCGUGA